AUGGCCAAGCGUACAAGUUCUCGCUUAGCGCACAACAGAAAUCUCAACAACGAAAUUGAAGCCGAGAUCGAGAAGAACGAGGACGAUGAGGCAAAGAAUCCAGUUGAUCCGCCAGCAGGUUCCAGAAAAAGGAAAAAAGGUAGUACUCGGGAUGAACCAGCACCGGAAACACAGAUUGACGAGCCAGCACAAAGUCUCCCGGCGGCCAGUAAAGACCGUCUACUUCACCUCCUUGACAAGCAUAUCAAAAAGAAAAAACCAAGACGAUCUAGUGCCGGUCUUCCAAAAUCGACUGUCCAAAGCAUUCCGAUUCCUAUCAUUUCGAUUCAGACUGAAGUUCAAGAUCAGCUAGAUGUACAAGAGAAUCAGGUUGACUACUCGAACUUCGAAGUGGAGGACCUUGUCAAAAUGGUUUCAGAAGUGGGCGUGGACACUCGGGGAAUGGACAAAUUGGAUUUGAUCCGGAAUUGCGAAAGGUUUAGAGAUUUGAUAAUAACACCCCAGCAUCCUCGUAUCGAUCAUGCGAAAAAGGAUCUCCCAAAAUUGGUGGCAUCAAAAGGUCAAGGCGAUCAGGGUCCCGAAAAAUCAGCGACAGAACAACCUCAAUCAGAUACAAUCGACACUUCAACAUCUGCGUUUGCGAGUCCUGCACAUGAAAAAUCAUCAAACAUUCAAUCAAGUCGCACGAUCCCAUCCUCUAACGCAGAAUCUUCCAGAAAAAAAAAGAAACAGGCAGGUCCCGAAAAAUCAGCGACAGAACAACCUCAAUCAGAUACAAUCGACACUUCAACAUCUGCGUUUGCGAGUCCUGCACAUGAAAAAUCAUCGAACAUUCAAUCAAGUCGCACGAUCCCAUCCUCUAACGCAGAAUCUUCCGGACAAAAAAAGAAAGGGAAAGAAAGAGCUCAAGAGGAAACUGAAGAUGACUACGAGGAAGAGCAGGCCUCUAAAAGCAUUCAUGACACCGACCACGAUUCUGACAACAGCGUAGAGUUCUUUCAUUCACAUAAGUCCAAGAAAAGAGAUGGUACAAAGAAGAAAGAUAAGAGCACAGAAGAAGAAGAGGACGUAGUGUUUUUGUACUACAAGCGUCAAAAUUCAGCAAAUGAUGAUAAGCUCAUCAUGUUUAUCACCUGA